AUGGCUACUGUGUCUUGUUUAUCAAACCAGUAUCCUGGUCUCGGGGUUGUUGAUGCUGCUGGUGGUUCUGGUGCUGGUUCUGGUGCUGGUGCUGGCGCCGGUUCUGGUGCUGGUGCUGGUUCUGGUGCUGGUUCUGGUGCUGGUUCUGGUGCUGGUGCUGGUUCUGGUGCUGGUUCUGGCGCUGGUUCUGGCGCUGGUUCUGGCGCUGGUUCUGGCGCUGGUUCUGGUGCCGGUUCUGGCGCUGGUUCUGGCGCUGGCGCUGGUUCUGGCGCUGGUUCUGGUUAUGGUGUCGGCUCUGGUUAUGGUGUCGGCUCUGGUGCUGGUUCUGGCGCCGGUUCUGGUGCUGGUUCUGGCGCCGGUUCUGGUGCUGGCGCUGGUUCUGGCGCUGGUUAUGGUGUCGGUUCUGGUGCUGGUUCUGGCGCCGGUUCUGGUGCUGGUUCUGGCGCCGGUUCUGGUGCUGGUUCUGGCGACGGUUCUGGUGCUGGCGCUGGUUCUGGCGCUGGUUAUGGUGUCGGUUCUGGUGCUGGUUUGGGUGCUGGUUUGGGUGCUGGUUCUAGUGUCAGUUCCACUGUCUCGAACUCGGUUUCAAGUCUUUCGUCACAGCAAUCUGCUUCAAGGGUCUCUUCAGCUGUAAGUAGCCUCGCAUCAAGUGGUGGAGUUAAUGAAGGCACUCUUAGCAACAUUUUCAGAAGCGUUAGUAGUUCGGUUGCAGCAUCUAAUCCUGGUUUGAGUGGAUGUGAUGUCUUGGUUGAAUCCUUAUUGGAAGUACUCAGUGCGUUGGUUCACGUAUUAAGUAGCGCACAAAUCGGAUAUGUAGAUACAAACUCAGUUAGCACAUCAUCAGCUAUGGUUGGUCAAGCAUUGGUUAGCACAUACACUGGAUAUUAAUGUAUUGGUGUUUCCCAAUUUAUUAAUCUCUAUUUUAACCAGUUAAAAUUCCAAGUGUUGAAAAAACAAUUUACUUUUACCUCCACGUUCCAUAUAUUUCUCGUUCUCCGUAUGUCCCAUACCGACAUUCAUAUUUUAUCUUAAUUUAUUGUUAGUGAUGCUGCACCAAAAACGUAGCUUAAUCUAAAAACUACCCCAGGCUUUUCAGCCUUCAUGUUACAAUAAAAUAAAGUUACAUAUUAUCUAUGAA